UACAGUGGGUGGAUGUGGGGAUAGAGUAAAUAACGCGAAGAUACUCCGUAGCUAGUUACAUCUGACUGUGCAGCUGAGAAGAUAUACCACGACAGUUCCUUAGGUCAAUUGUUGGCUCCACGUUAUCUUGUUCCCCAUCAGGACGCAAGUAUAUAAACACAUCUCUUUCUCGUCAGAAUGUCGUCCAGUGUCCCAACACAAGAGUGGCUGGUCCGAAUACCAGACUUCCCCGGCGCCCUUCAGAAACGUCUCGAGGCCCGCCCCCAGCAUCUGGCGGGCGUGAAGCCCAAGGUCGCGGCAGGAACGGCUGUAUUCGGAGGAGCGACUUUGUCCAAACAGCCUGCAUCGGGUGAAGCGCCUGAUAUGACCGGCAGCGUCAUGCUUUACAAGGCAAACAGUGAAGAGGAGAUUCGGGAGCAAUUGGAGAAUGACCCAUAUACAAAAGCUGGGGUAUGGGAUGUCAAAAAUGCACAGAUCUGGCCAUUCAGAUGUGCUGUUAGAACCCCGAUGUAGAAGCAGGUCCAGUGUGAGUGAGUGAUCGCAACACUGGAGCCGCUGUUGGGGCUGUCUUCUGUACUUGAAGGUUGAGUGCAGGCGUUGCCGAGGCCGACGGGCACUUGUGUCACACGGGUGUUCCUUUCUCGUGAGCGACUGCUACAAGUAGCAUACGUUGUUUGCGGUAUUCAAUGCCGCCUCAGGCAAAGAGGAGAUCGACAAUGUGACAGAAAAGUGCCGACCCAGGACGAGAAAUGAAGAGAAGUCGUUACUGACGAGAAAGUGAAAAU